AUGGAUCGUGGUAAAAGUGCCAAUAAUGCACGAGGGCAGAAAAAAGUCGCCGGCCCAAUGGGAAAUGAGUUCUUCCCAUUGGGUGCCAAAGGGAACAGAGACGAUUCUAAAAAAAUAGCACCUUGUAAAGGAAGCUCUUGCAUUCCAGAUCGUAAAAGGGAAGCUAAUACGUCGAUUUCAAAUGCAAAUAAAAAGCCAAAGAUUUCACGCAGUGAAGAAAUUAUAGGGGGGACCAACAUUCAUGGCUCCUGGGACCAGUUUGCAAUUGAUUGUGAGCCUACAGAUCUAAUAAAUGCAAUAAAAAAAAUCUCCGACCCUAUUGAUGAAAGCUUAUUGCGUAUAAUAUGUGGCUCAAUAAAGCAUUUGAUGGAGCCGUAUACACGGUUAAAAUUUGACCAUGUCUUGUACUUGGCUUUAUUAUACUUGGCCAAGGUAAAGCCAAAUAUUUUCAGUGAAGAUAUUUUCAGCUCUGCGCUUAUGUACAUGCUGCGCAGGGAUGUGAACCUUAAAUGUAAGCAAAGUUCAAAUUCACACGCGAUUGCAUCUAAUCUUUUAACUAAGGCUUAUUAUGAAAAAAAAAACUGGCCUGAGCUUUUUAUGCAAAUAUACAUAGAAGAUGCAAUUAAUGAACGUACAUGGGCAGAUAAUGAUUUCUGCAUGCCGUAUAUAAAAAACAUAUGUUUUGUGUUUAACACAAACAUUCCUGCAGUCAAUGCGGAACACUUGGCUUUCGGCGUAACAACUGCGCAGCAACAUCGGGAUGUGUUAUGUUUAGAAGAUGAUUCCGGCGAUGGAAGCUCCAAUACUAUAGAAUCUAUUGGUUUAGGAAUGGAUACUGAUUCACCGUUUUUAAUUUUAAAUCGUUUUGCUGAUAUUGAAAAUAUUGUUGAAAAAAUGGUAAUCGAUGCAAUUAAGGAACAAUUGAAUAAGAGACAACAAACGGACUGGUAUACAAGGAACUUUUUAAAAUUCCUUUGCUCAACCGCCGGUGUAAGUGAAGUUCGUUAUCUUUGUAUUACACGCCUGGAGUUAUGGAUUCAUAACGGAAAGCUGGUAAAAUAUGCACAACAGCUAUUAUAUUAUAUAUGCUUUAACGUAAAGGACACGAAUAUUAAAGAUCAAGAAGUUUUGGCAAUACUCGUAAAAAUUCGAUUGAAAACGAAACCUACACUAAAUUUUUUUAUGAUGUGUAUAAAAGAAAUGAUCACACAGCAUUCCAAUGUACUCAAGUUAAUACUAAAACUGGUAGUUCAAAAUGAACUUUCAAACACAAGGAACCCAAAUAAUAUGGGAAUGCUUGCUACAAUGUUUCAAACAUCUCCGGAACAAUCAUCGCAACAUCUUGCCGAGAUUUAUAAAGAAUUUCUAUUGCAACGCGAAGACUGUUUACGUACUUUAAGGGUAUUUUUACGAGAAUUGGUUCGUGUGCUUCGUUAUGAUAUGAACAUUGUAAGAUUCUGUAAAGCGUUUAUGAAUGAACGAAUUGAUUUGAUAGAACAAGUUGAACGCUCCGAAUUCAGAGAUAGAAUAUUUCAUUCAAUGGUGGAUAUAAUAUGCCUUUGCAUGCUAUUAUCUGUUUCACCACAGAUACGUGAAGCAUGCAUUGUAUUACGUUCCAACAAGGAAAUGAAACAUAAUCCGCUUUUACUGAAUUUUUAUUCACAAAUGUCUCAAAUCCAAUUGGAAGCCAUUUCUUGGAUGUAUGAAACAGUUCCAAAUCUUUUCAAAAUUCAAACUUUGGAAUAUAGCCAAGCUCUACACAAAAUAUUACUCUUGGACAGUCCUGAGCAGUAUUCAAGAUGCGAUCAGUGGCCUUCUGAACCAGAGCGGGCAGCGCUUUUAAGAAUUGCCUCCGAAACACCAGUGCUGGAAGAUACGCUUUUACGAAUUAUACUUAUCGGUAUAACUAAAGAUAUACCUUUAACUAUUCCUGAAACGAUAGAUGUGAUAAUGAUGGUUAUUAAAAGAGCAUCAACAAUGAGAAUUCCGAAUUUUCCCGCAGUGCAAGCCAACAAAUAUGAUGUUAUAGACUUUUUAUUCAAUAUGGUAGAAUAUCACUAUCCGGAAAAUAUAAGUUUACCAUUAGGUUAUGCUCCUCCAAAGCUUGCUAUCACAGUUUUAUAUUGGAAGGCAUGGAUCAUAAUGCUUAUGAUUUCCGCCCAUAACCCAUCGACUUUCGGAGCGUUUUGUUGGAAGCAUUAUCCCACGAUGAAACUUUUGAUUGAAAUGUGUAUUACUAAUCAAUUUGCCGAGCAGCAUGCAGGAAAAGAAGAAUUACAGCUGGUUUCACUGGAAAGAGAACAAAUUCUGCAGUUGGAGUCAUAUUUAGCAGCGCAAACUUCCCAAGCUAUUAUAACUGAGGAUAAUGCAAUAUUAAUCUCUCAGUUAAUACUUAUGGAUCCAAUGGGACAAGUUCGAAAAAUUCCUAAUAACGUAUUAGAGCAAGUAAAGGGACUUAAUAAAACUUUAAAGUUGGGAUAUCUUUUAUGUCGCUGUCGUAGACCCGAUUUACUGCUUGACAUAAUUCAACGGCAAGGUACAACUAAGUCGAUGCCUUGGCUUUCAGACCUGGUUCAAAGUAGCGAAGGCGACUUUAGUCAUCUUCCGGUACAAUGCUUAUGCGAGUUUUUGUUAUUUAACCCCAACUUAAUAAAUGAAGAAAACUCCCGGGAUGUGGAAUUGGUUUCCUACCUAAGAAACCUAGUAACGGAAGAAAAUGCUGAGAAAAAAACAGUUUGUGAAGUUUUAGACUAUAUAUUUCGCCGACUAUCAUCAACAGUAAAACAAUCGCGCAUCGCUGCAAUAUCCGGUCUUAAAAUUAUUUUUAAUGACAACACUCAACAAAAUGAUUGGUUAUUAAAAUCAAUUCCACAGAUUAGGUGUUUUAGAGAAGCUUUAUCUUUUAUGAUACCUCAAUUAAGAUCUGCAUGUCAAGUUGAAAAUACCCCAGCUCUGGUAAUGUCUUAUAUUCAAUUUGUAGCAGCACAUACUAUAAACGAUGGAGUCAUUGACAUGCUAGACCAUGUUAUUGAUAUGGCACAGUUGAUUGUAGAGCGAAGUACCAUGUUUCAGCAUAUUAUACCUGCAACUGGAGAUUUGUUACUUGGAUACAACAAUGACAACCUCGCUGAAUGCAGAUUUCAAACGCUCAAAUGUCUGUUUGUUAUGUUCAAUAAUUACAUAAUAAGACUGAGAGAACACCGAGAGCCAUAUGAAUGGACGGAAUACCCUGACUUACUUAUGGUUCAGUUCGAAGAUGGUGCGCAAUUGCCUUUGCAUUUAAACAUAAUACAUGCCUUCAUAAUUCUGCUGACUCAGUCUAGUAGUCAAAUGAGCGAAUCUCUUCCUAUUCUGGACUAUUGGUUUCCUCCUGGGGGACGACCCCCGUCUGGAUUUUUACCGAACAUGCCUCAUGAGUCAGUUCAGCUAUUGCCUGAUUGGUUAAAGCUAAAAAUGAUUCGCUCCUCCGUUGAUCGUUUGAUUGAAGCCGCUUUGUUAGACCUUUCUCCCGAUCAAAUAGUUUUGUUUGUACAAAAUUUCGGAACACCAGUAAUUUCAAUGUCAAAGUUAUUGGCCCUUUUAGAUCACGCCGUUAACGAAGAACUAGAACUAGUAAAAAAUGCAAUACUUAACAAAGCUUAUUUAGCACAACUUAUUGAAAUUCAGCAAAAGCGUGGAGCUAAAAAUGGUCAUUUUACUGUAAAAGCUCUUGAAUUAUAUUCUCAUUCUCAAACAGUUCCUGACCAUUCAAGACAAAGUGAAAUUAUUCUAAGCCACCUCAAUUUGCACAAAAACUUCCAGUCAAUAAAUCUUACUACAUGCUACUAUAGAGGUAGUAUAGACAUUGAAGAGAUAAUUGGAAAUGCCUUAAGAAUUUCACAUUACCAUUACAAAAACAUUAACCAAUUUCGAAAGUUAAUUCAACAUUUUCUUUCUAGAGGAAGCUGUUUUUCAAAAAACCGGAAAGAAGUUAUCAUGAGUCAUUUGAAAAGGGGAUGGUUAUGCGUUUUACGAAUCAUAGACCAGUGUAACCAUUCAAUAUCUCAAGAAUUAACGUCGCAAGUAAAACAUAUUUGUACACUACUAAGAGUUCUAAUAAAAGAAAAAGGCUUAGCUUCAGAUGAUUUUGAUCUUAUAAUAGGUAAGCUUUACGAAUUCGAGUCUUUAUGGAAAACUACUUGUCUUAAUUCAAAACGAAAUAUCCGCAUGUACAUUAAAAGUUUAUUUAUUAUCAUAACUAGAAGGGAAAUUCAGGGUCUUCAAAAACCUUCAGAACAAUAUGAAAAAGAUGAAAGCAAUCAAAUAUUAUCUGAAACCCAAAAGUUAUUCGGUAUCAAAAGUGAGGGGUUAUUACCAAAUAUAACUGUUGAAUGCUUAUGUCGUUGUGGAUUAAUUGUAGAUAGACUGUGCGAAAUAGACCCGGAAUUCGUAUAUUUAACUAAGGCCGAUCAUACAUACAAAUUAUUCAUGAAAAGUUGCCUUGAUUUUCGUUUUCAUAUACUUUCUUUGAUAUGCCAUCAAACAAGCUGGGACACUUUGCUGAUAAAUUUGAAGCUUUUGGUGCGAGAAACGCUACAAAAUAUUGAUCAUAGCACUGCUCUUAAUUUUAUUGAAGCGCUUAUCAAUAAUCCAAAGCUAUGGCAAGGUCGAGACAAAUGUGUAUCAAAAAUCAAUUUUCCUGAAACAAUGUUUUUAUUUAAUGAAUCUCAAUUGUAUACCUUAAUUGGUUUUAUUUUAAAUGAAGCUGACUUGAAUCAAAUGUUAGAAAUAUAUGACUAUAAACUUUGUUCGCGCAUUAAUCUUCUCUUCAGAGUUACUAGCAAAAGACAUAAAUAUAUUUCCAAUUUAAUUGAAUAUGUACUCAGAAUAUCAUGUUCCCAUGCACUGAAACUAAAAAUUAUCCACCAAAUGUAUCUAUUGCACCCUUCUAUUCGAUUCAUGACAAAUAAUUUAAAGGAGCAUGUUACUAAAAUAUCUACUUUAAGAGGCUGUAAGGCUGAUAAAGUGUCAAAUUAUUUAAUUACUUGUCUUGGGAAUCUCUUCCUAAAAAAAGAUUUUGAAACCCUUUCUAGUGAUAUUGAGAUGUUAAUAAGAAAGUUUGCUGCAUCGCAUCCAAUUUUAUUUUUGCGCCAGUUAGGCGUGUUGUCUUCUUUGAUUCAAGGUCGGGCCCAAUUAGGUGUUCGUCUUCUGCGUGAUGAAUACCAUUUCCACCGGUUUAUACAAAUUCUUCGUGCUUUGCAACUACUACAACCUAUGUUAUUUGACGAUUGUUACAAAAUUGAAUUUCAAGCAGCUUUAGAGUGUUAUUUCGCAUUUUUUAAACAUCAUAGCUUUAUAAAAGAAUCUUAUCACAUACUUUUGAAGUUUGUAGAAUUGUUGCAAGCAUAUAUAAAUUCCAAUCCUUCAACUGCGCUUCAAUAUAUGGAAAAAUAUGUGGGAAUUUUAAUGGAACUCUCCGUUAAAUUCAAUUCUAUUACAUCGCUACAACAACUGGUACAGGGUAUAGCUCUCUUGCAGCAAAAGGGUAUUGCAAUUAGCGAAUUAAACGAUGAUGAAAACAAGAAUGACUUUGAAAUAGAGGAGCAUGGAAAUUCCAAUGCAUUUGUUUUACUGGAUCCAGAUUUAUCUGAUACAAACGCCAUUAACCAAUUUGAGAAUAACCUCAGAGGGGGAGUCCAAUUUGCUAUUUCCACACCAUUCCCAAAAUCGCUCACAUUUUCACAGCAUUUUAUGGAUCUUAUAACAGUGAUAAAAAAUUCAAGUACGGAAGAAGCUAUUUUGGGACCUUUGCAAGAAAUCGAAAGUCUUACAUCGAAGCGAUUCUCAUUUUUAAAUGAAAUUUUCGAUCGUUUACUUGAACUUAUAUUUUCUCCUAGUGCGCAGAUACGCUCGAACGCGUUUAUUCUUUUAGUUCGCCACUUGAAACAUAACCCGGGCUGCUCUGACAUAAACCAAUGUACUCUUAACGCAUAUAUUCAAUGUUUGAGAGAUGACAACUCAUCGGUUGCCACUACUGCUGUAGACAACUUAGUUGAAAUGACUUUACUCUUGCAAGAGUAUACAAUUGAAAUACUUUCAAUAGCUUUUACUUUAGGAGUUAAAUCACAAUUAAACACAAGUACUCAAAUUAAAAGAGUUUUACAAACGCUAGUGUUACAGCAUGGAUACUAGAACUAAGUUAUGCAUUAUUAUUGCCAAAAUGUACACACAAAGAAUUCAAUGGAUGAAAACUAAGCACUUUGGUAUCUAGACAAACAAAGCCGUAUAAAGGAAUAAUAAACUACUUAUUAAAUCAA